AAUCAGCUGUUGAAUGUGAGUUGUGAAAUAAGAGAUCAAAUGUCAAUUUUAUCGACGCAACUUAUUUCUUAUGCAGGUGAAGGCCAAAAAUCAUGGGUGAUAAUUGUUGCCAUUGUUGUGCCGGUUGGUGUUGCUGUUUUGCUUUUCAUUGUGGGGUAUUGCUUGCUAACAAGGAGAGGAAGGAAGAAGUAUGAUAUCGUGCAGGGAGAUAAUGUUGUGACUGAUAUAACCAAUGUAGAGUCUCUGCAUCAUGAUCUCAACUCAAUUAAAGCUGCAACAAACAACUUCGCAGACAGUAAUAGACUAGGUGAAGGUGGAUUUGGGGUUGUUUACAAGGGUAGAUUUCCUAAUGGACAAGAAAUAGCUGUGAAGAGGUUAUCGAGGAGCUCUGGACAAGGAACUACAGAAUUCAAGAAUGAGGCUGUAUUGGUGGCUAAGCUUCAGCACAGAAAUCUAGUGAGACUAUUAGGAUUUUGUGUGGAAGGAGAAGAGAAGAUACUUUUUUACGAAUUUGUGCCUAACAAGAGCCUUGACUAUUUUCUAUUCAAUGAUGAUAGACAAGGAUUGUUGGAUUGGUCAAGACGUUACAAGAUAAUAGAAGGCAUUGCUCAAGGAAUUCUUUAUCUUCAUGAGGAUUCUCGACUUCGAAUCAUACAUCGGGAUCUCAAGGCCAGCAACGUAUUGUUAGAUAGUGACAUGAAUCCCAAAAUUUCAGAUUUUGGAAUGGCCAGGAUUUUUGGAGUUGAUCAAACUCAAGGAAGCACUAAUAGAAUUGUUGGAACCUAUGGCUACAUGUCUCCAGAAUAUGUUGUACAUGGACAGUUCUCUGUGAGAUCAGAUGUGUAUAGUUUUGGUGUUUUAGUUCUAGAGAUUUUAAGUGGCAAGAAGAUUAGUGACUUUUAUCAAACAGAAGGAACUGGAAACCUAAUGAGCUAUGCCUGGAAACUUUGGAAGGAUGGGAGACCAUUGGAGCUGUUGGACCCAAUUCUUGGAGAUUCUUAUGCAAGAAAUGAAGUCAUUAGGUGCAUCCAAAUUGGUUUGCUAUGUGUUCAGGAGGAUCCUGCUGAGAGGCCAACAAUGGCAACCGUUGUUCUCAUGCUCAACAGUUAUUCAGCCACACUACCUCUACCAAACGAGCCUGCUUUUUUCCUCCAUAGCAGAACAGAGCCGAUAAAGUUGUUGGAAUCUGAUCAAUCUACUAGUGUGUUGGAGUCUGAUCAAUCUAAAAGUCAGUCAGUGCUAUACUCAACAAAUGAAGUUUCAAUCACUGAAUUAGAACCUCGUUAAAAUUUUGCACCCUACUACUUAUAAUGUAUCCUCGGUACUUUUUUUUUAAACAACAUGUACAAAUGUUGGGGAGGGGGAUUUGAAACCAAAACCUUGAGCUAGUACUGGGACUGGGAGAGAUACUCUCAGCCAUCUGUUAAUGUAAAACAGGCCUUUAUCUUUUGAUUAGCAGCAGAAACACAUGUAGCCUGAUGUUUCUGUUAGAAAUUUACUAGGUUGUGUUUGGAACCGCUUAUUUAAAUUAGGUUGCAUUUGGGAAUGUGUGUUUGAAUUUGAGGUGUGUAUUUGAAAAUACAUGUACUUUAAAAAAUAAAAAAUUAUU